AACCGGGGGCCUUCUGCGUGUUAGGCAGAUGUGAUAACCGCUACACCACGGAAACAGUUGAAUCUAUGCAGGAGCAAUGGCUUUCACACUUUAUCAAUCCAAAAAAAGAUUAAUAUAAUUAUUUAAAAUUAACUUUUUAACAAUAAUUAUAGAAUGCAUUUAGUGAACAUUGGACUAGCAACCACUGUGCGAGUACUAGGACGUGUUCUUUCGAACAUCGCACCUUGUGUGUGGCGGCAAUGUUGUUGGCCCCUUUCCCCCGCGGCCGAGCAACAUUCAUUGCUCCCGAACUCUCCCCGUGGAAUGUCUGUGCUAAGUUUUUGGCGGGCUUUGGCUUUUGUGUAGAGAGCAAGAGACAUGGAGAAAGUUUGUCAGUUUUUGGCUGCUGUUGUUGCUGCUGCUGCAGGCAAUGACACGGGAAGUGAAAGCGUUAGCAGUAUUUUGUUGUCCUUGUUGGUAGAACGAGUAUUAUUAUUAUUAUUAUUGGAGGGGUUGCUUUUGACUGCUACUGCUGCCCAGUCAACCUUUGUUUGCCGUGUGUUGCAUGGGGAAAGUACUUUUUUGGGGGGACUGAUGCCACUUUUGUGGCGGGGUAGUUGAACUUGAAAGAACGCACAAAGAGGAAAUAGCAGACAGACUUGGAGUGCAGCAGCAACAGCAGCAACAGCAGCAUAAUAAAAAGCGAUGUGCACGUUUCCUGUUUUAGCAAAUCCAAGUGUCUGUCCUUACAGUCAAGUGGGAAGUCUGAAGUCUGAAGUCUGGACAUGCAUUUCUGGAUUGACAAACGGUCGCAACAAUGCGGUUUUGGUCGCUCGCGUGUAGCCGCCUCAUUGUCGCACGCAGGAGGCGGUCUCAGCUAUGGCCAUCCGCCGCGUCGCAGCAAGUCGAGCAGCAGCAGCAGCGGCAGCAACAUGAUCAACGCCAGCAGUAGCAGCAGCGGCGGUGGCAGCGCCAAUGCCAGUGGCAGCCACAGCCAAGCUUUGGCCUCUGUGCAUCGGGCAUUGGCGCCUUAUGGUGGAGGUGGCGAUUAUCAGUCGGGAGGCGCGGGCACAAGUCGCCAGGCAACGCAAUAUGGCAGCAGCAAUAAUAAUAGUGCACAUGCCAACAACCAGCAAUUGCUGCUGCAUCACAACAGCAGCAACAAUAACAACGGCAGCAGCAGCGGCGGUAGCGGCAGCAAUGCCAUGACAACAACUGCCAGCAACAAUAACAAUGCCAAUGCAACUGCUGCUUCUUCGGCUGCCGUGUUAACGGGCAGUGGCACCAUUGUGCCGCUUGUGGCACGUGGCUCGCAUUAUCAUCAGCAUAGCACGCGCUAUCAGCCGCGACCACAGCAGCAGCAGCAGCAACUGCAACAAUUGCAGCAGCAACAACUGCAGCAGUUGCAGCAACAGCAGCACCAGCAACAACAUCACUAUAGCUACAACUAUCAUCAUCCGCAGUUUGGCAACAUGGCUGUUCCCGUGCGACAAUAUGAGUCACAGCAGCAACAUCAUCAGCAGCAACAACAUCAGCAGCACUCGGGAGUCUAUGCAGACGAUGCCUACAGCGCGUAUCACCAUCACCACAGCAGCAGCAGCAACAGCGGCAACAACGGCUGCAGCAGCAACAGCAACAGCACUCGUUAUGCCACGCCGCGACGCCACAAUUCCAGCAACAACAUGCGACACGCGACAGCAACUGCAUCGGUGGGAACAACAACAUCAACAGCACCAGCAGGGGGAGGAGCAGCCACAACCGCCACGCCCAUACCGCCCACACAGACAACGACACAGCACAGCAGCAAUCAGCUGCAGCAGCAACAUCACGCAUUGCUGCAACAUGCGGACUCGCAGCUGCUGCCAAGUCAUCUGAAAUGUGGCAUGUGCGCUUCGCUGGUGCUCGCCUCGGUGUUUGUGGCCGGCGCGAAGUUCUACUUUGACCACCAGGGCACCGGGCUGGAGGUGUUGAUAUUCUGCGCCUUUUCGGCGACAUUCUUUCUGGCUGCCUGCAUGGUGUCGCUGUGUCGCAUCCCCAAAGGAUUGCUGCCCAAUCGCAGCGAUGGCCGUGCCGUGUGUCACAGUCGUGGCAUCAAUGCUGUUGGCGGUGGCGCUGGCGGAGGCGGAGGAGGGGAUGGGAAUGCGGAUGGCGAUUAUAUACUGGAGCUGAAUAAUGUGCGCUAUUUGGAUGAGCGACAGGUGGAGAUAAGUGCGGCAACGGCGGCAGCAGCUGCCGCUGGACCGCCGCCAUAUCAUAUAGCAAUCUUGUUGCCGGAACAGACACCGACGGCGCUGGGCAAGCAGCUGCCAAUGGAUGAAUCACCGCCGCCGUCCUACGAUAAGAUUCUCGUCUAGAUUUUAGUGGUAGCGCUUUUGGUUUUUCUUCGUUUAGGAAUUGAGCGUCAAUUUCAGUUGAAAGAAACCAGCUAUCAAACCCAAAUCCAAUGAAACCAAACCAAACCAAAAUACUCUUGCUCAAUAUUUUUCUAAUGAUAUCAAAAUUUAUAUAAACAUAUACACAAGGCAAAAAUGACAUUUGCAUAUAGAUGAUAUAUAUAUAUAUAUAUAUAUAUAUAAAGAUAUACAUAUAUAUACACAUACAUAUACAUAUAAAUUCUAAAAUAUAAAUAUAACGAACAAAAAGUAUAUUUUUAAGCUCCAAUUAAUAUUUUUACACUUUGAACUUUCUAAUCCAUAAACACGCAAAUCACACACAAAAAAACCUUCCCUAAGAAAAACCCCAAAUCUCUUUACUAAAACUAUGUAUCAUUUUUGUUCUGUGAUAUGCUCAAAAGAAAAUCAUACGAGAUAAACCAUUAGAGACAAAGCAAAGAACGAUGUAAGCAAACAAAAUAUAUAAAAAACAAAGAAAACAAAUAGAAAAUAGAAAACAUAUACACUACUAUACGAAUAUGUGACAAAAUAAAACUAAAUACACAUCAAUCAGCCAAAACAGUAUUAGUAGUCAAGUAGAUACUUAAGUAACGAACUACUCAUAUGCAAGCAUUAAAUAAUAAUGUAAAGGUGCAACAUAAUGCAGAUAAAUAAAGUACGAAUUAAUUUCAAAAUUGAAUUCAAAUGCGAUGAAAUCAUUUAUCGAUACCAUUAA